AUGGGUCUCCUAUGCUCAGUUUCCAUUCUGUACGCGUGUGUGUGCAUCCCGGGCACCACAGGAGAAAACUGUGAGCAGAACAUACAGGAAUGUGAAAGCAGUCCCUGUCACUUCGGGACCUGUGUAGACGAGAUCGGCAAGUACCACUGUGAGUGUGAGGACGGUUUCGAGGGGCAUAACUGCGAGUUCGAGAUCGACGAAUGUGAACGUUACAAGCCGUGUGUACAUGGUGUAUGCUUAGACCGGAAAGCAGGUUACUUCUGUGACUGUCCCGCUCAGUACGGGGGCAAGAACUGCUCAGUGGAACUGACAGGCUGCAAAGAGAACCAGUGCCAGAACAACGGCUCAUGUAAACCGUACCUGGAGAAUGAAAGUCGCCAACUGUUCAAUUGUUCUUGCACCAGUGGCUAUCAUGGUCACGUUUGUGAUAAGCCCACUACAAUGUCUCUCAGUGGCACCUCUUACGUGAUGAUCAACACGUCCAGGGAUGAGGGCUACGAUAUUCAGUUCAGGUUCAAGACAACACUGCCCAACGGCCUGCUAGCAAUCGGCAAGGGACCUACAUUUUACAUCCUGCAACUUCAACAUGGCCGCCUCAAUCUGCAGUCAAGCAUUCUCAACAAGCUGGAGGGUGUUUUCAUUGGAUCCUCACUCAAUAAUAGUUCUUGGCAAAAGGUGUUUGUGGCAAUAAAUGCAUCACAUUUAGUUCUUGCUGCCAACGAGGAACAAACGAUAUAUCCUAUCAACAUCAACGAAGCUGCCAACACAUCACACACAAGUUUCCCCAUCACGUAUCUAGGUGGCACUGUCGCAGAACUCUUCCGGCUCACACAUCUCCAGCAGGGAUCUAGGGCUAUAUUCUUUGUGGGCUGCGUGCAAGAUGUGGUGGUCAACAGUCAGUGGGUUUUGCCAAAUGAGACCGAGAACCAGCCAGUGGCACUUGAAGAUGUGGACGUGGGCUGCGCUCGAACUGCACAGUGUGAGCCCAACCCCUGCCAGAGUGGCGGCCACUGUACAGAUCUGUGGCGCACCUUCAGCUGUGCCUGCAAGCGGCCCUACCUCGGCGACAAGUGCCAAUACAAUUAUACAGCAGCUACGUUUUGGAAUGAACAAGUGGAACCUUCGUUUGUCCAAGUUGACCUGAAUCCACCUGCUCGUAAAGCUGUGCGAAAUAUUGUGGAUAUAUCGAUGUUCAUUAGAACACGCCAGAGUCAAGGGGGGAUCUUCUACAUGGGGUCCAGACUUGUCGGAACAGGAACGGAGGAGGCGAUGAUUGUGGCACACUUGGCGGGAGGAGAGUUGCAGGUCCAGAUACAGUUCAAUGGUACAUCCGAGGGCUACGGUAUCCCUGGCACUAAGCUGGACAAUGGCUAUUACCACCUCAUACAGGUAGUGAGAAACUAUACUCUAGUCCAGAUCAAGAUAAAUGGAACUGAGUAUGUCCGCAAGACAAUAGGAGCCAAUGGGCAGUUAGAUUUGCAAGUGCUUUAUCUGGGUGGCUUGCCUAUUGAUGCUUUCCAAGGGAAUCACAGAUACGCUCGUCAAGCCCCCCUCAGAUCCAAGGACCCUGUACCUCCUGCUUAUUUCAAAGGAGUUAUUCAGGAUGUUCAGGUGAGUAACGGAUCUCACGUAAUGGUCGUGCAGUUCUUCCCUCUGACAGGUGUGGUGGAUAACCUGUUGCCUCCAACACUGGGAAAUAUUUCAAUCAAUGAGUCGUCAGUCAAGAUGGGAGUUGUGUCCGACGAUUCCUGUGCAGACACUCCCUGCAAGAAUAAAGGAACUUGUCAUGUCACAUGGAAUGACUUUGUAUGUACUUGCCCUGUGGGAUUCAAGGGCAAGCGCUGUGACGAGAUGGAGUUCUGCAAGAUCACCGACUGUCCAGAAGGGAGUCGAUGUCAAAAUCUGGUCCAUGGCUAUGAGUGUGUAUCCAACAUGACUUUGACCGGCAAUUCAAGUGGAUUACAGUACCGAUUAGAGCGCAGGGAGCACUCUAGCGCUUUGGACAGCAUACAUGUGGCGUACCGUACGCACGAGGGAGGCACUCUUCUGCAUAUCGUUGCUCCUGACCGCCCACACAACUACUUCACAAUUUCUACACUGAACGACCAGGUGGAGAUAGCAUGGAAUUUUGAGAAGGAGCAUAAUGUCCUCCACCUGAAGAAAGAGAGCCAUGACGGAGACUGGGCUACGAUCAUUCUCAAGAUGGACAGCAAGCUGGUGGGAGGGUUUGAGGGGGCUCUGGAGGAUACACCACAGCAGCUGAACCCCACCAACUUCUCUCUCUCAGAGUGGCACAUGCUCAUAUCAACAGCUAACAUCUUUAUCGGUGGUGUCGGAGGUAAUGAAAUGCUGUCGACCAAGAAUGCUUACAUCACAGAAGGUCAAUCUAAUGAUGUGAGCUUGUCUGAUGAAACUGCAAAGAGACCGUACAAGGGUUGUAUUGGUGAGGUUCGCAUCGGAGGCCUUCUUCUUCCAUACUUCUCACCUGAAGAACUCAAUAAGAUCAAUGAAACCUAUGAUUACUUUGCUCUACAAUCUCCGUACACAACAACGAUUGGUUGCUACCUGUGUUUUGAUUCCAACUGCAUCAAUGGAGGACAGUGUGAAGAUCCCAUGACAUCGUACAAGUGCAACUGCUCGGCCGGGUUCACUGGAGAGUUCUGCCAGCAGGAUAUCGAUGAGUGUCUGGAGAGCCAGUGUGCCAAUGGCGCCACCUGUGUGGAUCUGCAGGCCAACUACACGUGUCAGUGCCCGCCUGGCUAUGAGGGUUGGCUGUGUGAUCAGAACAUCGAUGAAUGUGCCAGUGAGCCUUGUCUCCAUGGUGGCACAUGUGUGGACGGCCUGGCCAGCUACACGUGUGUGUGUAGUGACGAGUACGUGGGUGAACGCUGUGAGCAGGUUCGGCUCAUCACAUGUGACAGCCAACCUUGUUCCAAUGGAGCCUCCUGCCUAGAUGUCCGCAACGACAAAACGAACGAUAAUUUUACCUGUACGUGUGCUCCGUACUACGCUGGAAAUUACUGUGAAAUGGCAUAUUGUGAAGUGGAGUCGUGCCAGAAGGGAUUCUGUAAAAAAGAUGCCAAGCCCCCCUUCUGUCAGUGUGACAACGGGUUCGAAGGUCGCUACUGUGAGAUUGACAUCGAUGAGUGCAAGUCCAACCCCUGUCUCAACAAUGGCUCCUGCAUUGACGGCAUAGCCACAUUCUCUUGCAACUGCACUGGCACCGGGUUCCAAGGGCGACUGUGUGAGGUGGACAUUGAUGAAUGCAGCUACAGUCCCUGUGGGGACGGGACAUGUGAGAAUACCCUUGGCAGCUUUUUAUGUCUCUGCAGUGACACCACUUGUGGUACCUACUGCAAUGCUACAAACCCAUGUAUAUCGAACCCCUGUCAGAAUGAAGGCACCUGUGAGCCAACAUGUACACUAUCUGCCAGCUACAAAUGUGUCUGUCCUCCUGGCUACCAGGGCAUCAACUGCACAGAGCAAUCACAUUUUGGAGCCAGCAAUGUGGCUGACAUCGCACUGAUUGUUGUGCCUAUAGUGGCCAUCCUGCUUAUCGCAGCCAGUAUCAGUCUGUCCGUGUUCCUGAUGAUGGCUCGGAAAAAGCGGGCAACUCGAGGCACCUACAGUCCCAGCAGCCAGGAGUAUUGCAAUCCCCGGGUGGAGCUUGACAACGUCAUGAAACCACCCCCUGAAGAACGACUCAUCUAACGCUUCUCUGUUGCUUCAGGAUCAGACUCGCAUCGUCUCGGUUUAAUCUUAGAGUAUUAUUCUGUUCAUACAUCUUUAUAAUUUUGUACUUAAACACUCCACCAUGUAUGGCUUUAGUCAUUUGUUGUAGUCUAUUAUGGCAGCUUACCUUCUAGUUUUUAUUACUUUUUGUCAAAUCAGUAUUACCACAAAUAUUUCAACAUUGAAAAAUUUAAUAUUUUAUUUUAAAAAUUGACAAUAAUAAUCUUAUUGGUUGUAUUAACAAAAUUAUCGCAUUUAGACAAGUUAUUUCUCCUGAUAUGUGUAUGAUUUUAGUAAUUGACAGCUAUGAUGUAUAUUUUUAUGUAGUAUUAAAUACUAAUUGAACUCAAUACGAGAUGACAAGAUCAUCUUUGGCUGUGAUAUGUUGUACUUACUGUAUUCAGAUGCCAGUCGUGAUCCUUGUACAUGUGUAUAGUUUUACUGUAGUGAGAGUGAGUGAGUGUACAUACAGACAUGCGUACGGGUAUGGUCACUGGCCACGCAAUCAAAUAAUUGUGUCAAAUAUUUUUGAUAAUAUGUACAUGAAUUUGGUAUUAAUAGUGAGUGACUGAAUGAUUUUAUUUAAUUUUUUACUUGUAAUGUGUUGCUUGUUUGAUGAUUGUGUGAUUGUUGUAAAAUUGUACCUUAGAAAACUUUGCACGGUUAAAGAAGACAGUUAUUUAAAAGACGUCAAAUUAAUUCCAUUUUGAAACAAUAUAAUUUUAACAGUUAGUGUUUAGUUUAACUAUUUAUUUUUAAACUUUAUUGUUACUAUUUUUACUGUGUGUCACUGGUAUCAGAAAAUGUUUAUAUUGACAUUAAUUUCUAUGUAUAGUUGUAAGUUUUUGUAUAUUAUUGUUUUAGCAGGGUAUGUAAACGUAGAUUAUUCCGUCCACAGCUCCGAUACUGUUGCCUUACUUGACUUCACUAAUGUGCAAGUUUUAUACAUAUCGACAAUAUUGUAAACUUUUGUAGCAUAACAUCACUUGUUUAAUCACAUUUUUUAUAAUUCUUUAAUUCUUGUCAAUAAAGUAAUGUAAUACCUUUUAAGUAUGAUCUAAAUAUGCUUGUUUGUAUAAACUACGUAGAGAUUGAUAACUGUAAUAUAAAAAGACAAUAACUAUUCAAGGUUAUCCUUGUAUUUAUAUUGAUUUAUAGUAAUUUAUUUUGUUUAAAACAACAAAAAUGAUACUUAUAGAUUAAGAUUAUCACCAAUCAUAUCUCUAAAAUAUUUGUAUAACGAAUUUAAAUAAACAUAGGUUAUUUAUUAUUUCACCGUAAGGUUUGUCAAACAGAGACACAAUACUUUAAUAACUUUAUAUGAAUUAUUUUAAAUGUCUUUAUUACAUUCUUUAAAUAUUGUUUAAACACUAUUCCUGAUAUUGUUAAAACUAUCCCCUAUCCACAUGUCUAUCAACGCCUAUAAAAUAUUUCAUCUUAAUAGGUUAUAUUUAUACAAAAAUUUGUCCCUAUAUUUGAGGAUUGUUUUUAAUAUAACAGUGGUUACUGAGUUUUUAGUGUCCUCUAAAGAGUAACUGAAUUUAAUUGCAUUAUAUAAACCAUUCCUCUACAUGUAAGUUAUGCAGUUUGAAACAUUUUAUUGAAUGUUCGUAACUAUGUUCCCUUGAAUUUUAGGAACCAGUCAGUAUUAGUCAAAAUUUUAAAGGCAUCUAUACUUACUAUUUGAUAUUACUGUUUAAUAGACAAUGUUUCUUUAGAUAUUAUAGAUUUAGUGACGUAAGUAUAAUGAUAUCUGAAAUUAAAUAGAUUAAUAAAUUAUACAUUUAAACAUUUUAUUGUCAGCAUAUUAUUAUAGGCCGAUUUCAUUGAAUUUUUGAGGAAACCAUAUUUGUUACUUGUUUAUACUUAUCUUAUUCUGUAUUAGCUUGUAUAGUGCAUAGCUCUUGUAUCAAAGUGCAUAAUCUGCCAGUCAUGGCUUACUUGUUAAAAUAUUUAAAUAUUUAUUAGUACAGUUUAUUUUUUUUUAGAUAAAAUAAAAUCUCCUAAGGAAUGAAGCAAGUUCUUUUUAUUUACUUUUAAAAUGUUAAUAUUUAAUUCAAUCUUUUUUAAAGUCUAUUUACACAAAAAUCCUAAAAGUCUUAUAAAGGUACUAAUGUACUUAAUUGUUUAUAAUCCCAGUCAAUAUUGAAGUCUUAUUUAAUUUGUUUUUUUUUUACUUUAUUAUCAGAAAUAAAAUUUUUAUUAUUAUUAUUGUGUGUAUAAUUAGAAACAAUAUUGUAAGAAGCUUAUUUCAUAUAAUAAAUAAUCUUUUUAUUUUAAAGUUUUCAAUACACACAUACUUGUUUUAACAGUUGUAAGUGCAUUGACUAGAUAUAGACAGUGUCCUGUCCUUAACAACUGGUUUGUUGUAUAUAGACAGUCAUUUUAAUCAUUUUGAUUUUUAUAUUUUAAUGCUGGCACAAGGUUAGUCUGCAAAAAUAAUUAAAAUAUGUUUGUCUGAAUUAAUUUUUUUUAAAUAUUGAUUGAGAAUAAAAUUUGUUUUGACCUGUAAUUGAGAUAUCUUAUAGCUUUUAAAUGCAAAUUUUAUCUCAUUCCAAACAUUUAUUCGUCUCUAGUUCACAUUAUUAAAAAUUCUAAGUAUUUAUAUUAUUGAUAUUAAAUUUUCAAAGUAACCUGGUUUGUGUAUGGACAUUUUGUUGUUUUAUUUGUUUUUAAAUCGUUUUUCAGUUUGUUUGCAUGUUUUGUUAUAGAGUGGUUAUUUUGAUUGCAAAAUAUUAUUAUUUUUCAUUGAGCUUUAAAUAAUGUUGUUUUAUUUUUUUGUUAAAAGUGUUUCAGACUAACUACAUUUUUGGGUUAACAAGGAUCAGCAAGUCUAAUGUAAUUAAAAAAAAACAAUACUUUUUAUUAUUUAAGAGAGUUGUUGCUCAAAAUUAGCCCAUUUUAGGAUACACCACUGUACAAAUAAAAAGUGCUUUAUCGAUCCUAAAACAUAAUUACAUAUAAUUUGAAAACUUCCUGUAUAACCUUUUUUUAAUGUGAUGAUAAUGCCUUUUGUAUAGAAUUGCAAUGCAUUUAAUAUUUUUAUCAGAUAUUUCUUUGUUUGAAUUGUUAUUUAUUAAAUGUCUAAAAGAAUUAACUAUUUGGAUUUAAUUUUUAAUUUGCAUUUAUAUGUUUUUUACUUUUAUACUAAUAGUAUUUAAUAAUAAUUUUCACGUGCUUACUUCAUGAAACAACAUUUAUUUUUUAAGGAUUUAAUGCUAGUGACAUGAUUACACUAAACCAAUCGCUCAAUUUAAAAUGUAGAUUUUGUACUACUACUGCUACUGCUUUUUGUACCAUAUCUAGGAAACUUUUUGGUCAUCAAACUUACUAAUAUACCAUCACAUAUAAGACAAUAUUAUUUUGUUUUCUGGUUCUUUAAAUAUAUUCAUAGUAUUUUGUCGUCAAGUUGUACAACAUAUACAUUUUAUGUCCAUCCUUUUUGCCUAACCCCGAGAUAAUUUGUUAUACUAGGAAGUUGAAAGAUAUAUUCUACAAAAUCAAAUAACAAUAAUUUUAACUUGGAUUUUUUAUUGUCUAAUUUCAGAUAAUUAAUAUUCCAGUCAUUCUAUACUGUAAAAGUUAUGUACUGGUUACAAACUUGCAAUAUAGUAUAGUCCUCACUUCACCUAAACAAAAUAUUGGAUUUUAAUAAGUAAUUUGAGAUCUUGAUUAUAUUAAUUGCAACUUCAUAAUUAGCAUAUCAUCACUUAAGAUUACACUUACUUUUUUGCUAAAGUUGUUGUAUUAAUAUUUCAAUUCAUACCAAAAAUAAUAACAAUCUGUAACUUGCUGAAAAUCUUAAAAUAUUGUGUUUAUUAAGAGAGCAUAUACAAUACAAUGUAUAGAGAGCAAUCCCCAUUCCUUUGUCACAUUCCAUGUAAACCUAAAAUGUACUUAAGUUGUUAUGUUAUGUACAGUGUUAAAUAAUCAGUCAAGAGUAGGUUUUGUAUAAACUUAUUGAUAUUUAGCUGAUAAGAUUCUGUUACCAAUCAUUUAAUUAAUUGUUUUUUGGUCUUAAUUUCAUCUAAAUUUUAAACCAAUAUUAAUGUUUCUUUUAAAUAUAAAUUAGGAGUGUUCUCUUAAUUUAUGUCAAUAAACUAAUUGUUUUCAAAGUAGUAUUUAUACAUUUUUAUCAUGCAACUAAGUGCUAUUGCGAAUGAGAUUCCAAUAAAUAAUUUUUCCUCUGAA